AUGCCUUCUGUAAAGAUUGCUUGGAACAAAUCAACCUAUGACAACGUGGAGAUUGGAGACUUGAAGACGGGAUUGGAUUUCAAGAAGAAAUGCCAAGAAUUAACUGGUGUUCCUCCUGAAAAACAAAAGGUCAUGGGAUUGGGAGCCGGUCUUUUGAAAGAUGAUGCUGAUUUGUCUAGUUUGAAAGUCAAACAAGGUCAACUUGUUAGAGUGAUGGGAUCAACGGAACCAGUACCAGAAGCACCAAAAGAAAAGAUUGUUUUUAUAGAAGAUGCUGUUAAAGAAGGUGGAGAAGUUGGCGAAAUGACGUAUUAUCCAGCUGGUUUGGAAAAUUUAGGAAACACUUGCUACAUGAAUUCUGUAGUUGAAACUUUGAGAUAUGUUCCUGAAUUGAGACAGUCACUCGACACCUUUGAUCAAACCACUGUGAGUGAUUUGUACGAAAAGGAUAAGUCUCUUACUACAGAGUUGAAAAACCUUUUUAACAAUUUGGACGCCAAGCAUGAAUCUUUUGCUCCAAUUACCUUCUUGACUGCUUUAAGAUCUGCCUACCCUCAAUUUGCAGAGAAGGACCGUAAUGAACUUGGCGAAUUCUAUGCUCAACAAGAUUCCGAUGAAUUUCUCACAAACUUGUUAGGUUCUCUUGAGAAUACUCUCAGACAAAAUGACCAGAAUAUUAUCAAGGAAUUAUUUGAAGGUGAAUUUGAAGUCAAACUUCAAUGCACUGAGUGUGAAGAACCACCAGUUGUGACCAAGGAGAGUUGGAAGAAAUUGUCAUGUUUCAUUUCUCAACAAAUUAAUAAUUUACCUUUUGGAUUACAAAAGAGCUUGGAAGGAACUGUUGAAAAGGAAUCUCCAACUCUUGGAAGAGUGGCUGUAUAUUCUAAAAUUCAGAGAAUUAGCAAAUUGCCAAAUUAUUUAGUGAUCAACUUUGUUCGAUUUUACUGGAAGCAAAAACAACAACUGAAAGCAAAAGUUCUCAGAGAAGUACAAUUUCCAUCAAUUCUUGACGUUUUCGAUUUGUGCAGUGAAGAAUACAAGAACAAGUUGAAGCCCGCCAGAGAAAAGAUGAGAGAACUUAGAGAAGAGGAAAUGAAAAAGAAGAAAGAAGAAUCCCUUUCUGGCACCUCACAAGCAAACAAGAAACAAAAAACUGAAAACCAAAAAGAUUUAACACCACUCUAUCAAGUCGAUGAAAGUGGAUGGUAUGAAUUAUGUGCUGUUGUCACUCACAAAGGAAGAGCAGCCAAUGAGGGUCACUAUGUUGGUUGGGUGAAGGCUGAUUCAGGCCAAUGGCUUGAGUUUGACGAUGAUGAUGUUACAGCAGUCACAGAAGAGGAUAUUAAGAAGUUAAGUGGAGGUGGUGAUUGGCAUUGUUCCUAUAUUUGUCUCUACAGAAAGUGUAGGACUGCUCCAUAA